AGAGAUGAGAUCAGAAACAGAAGGGACACACACAUAACACUCUCGCUCUCACCUAUAAAUUGAAUGGAAACUCAUCUCAGUAUCUCCCCCUCCGUGGUCUCUUCCUUUUCUUCACAAAACAUAAUGCUAAAACAGAUGGAUCGACCCGGAUUCGUAAUCGAGCCCAUCGAAGCCCAACCUACGGCCCAAUCACUGGCCUCCCUCGUCGACUCAACCCGCACCCUCGCCCGCCCACCAAUCUCCAAUUUCCGGGUCGCCGCCGUAGGACUCGGAUCCUCCGGUCGCAUCUACGUCGGUGUGAAUCUCGAAUUCCCCGGCCUCCCCCUCCACCACUCCGUCCACGCCGAACAAUUCCUCGUAACCAACCUCCUCCUCAACGGCGAGACCUCCCUCACCUCCUUCGCUGUCUCCGCCGCACCCUGUGGCCACUGCCGCCAGUUCCUCCAGGAGCUCCGCGACUCAGAGAACAUCCAAAUCCUCAUAAUCUCCGACAACAAUGACCAAUUCACCCCCCUCUCCGACUUCCUCCCACACCGUUUCGGUCCCCUCGAUCUCUUCCCCGAAGGUUCUCCUUUUCUCUUGGAGCCCCGAAACAACGGGUUGAAGCUCACAACCCGAACCCGAAUGGAUCGCGAUGAUGAAGAUGUGAAUUUGAGAUCCAAUAAUGGUGUUGUUUGCAAUGGACACGGUACGGUCGUUGAUGAUGAGAAGUUAAAGAUUGCGGCUUUGGAGGCUGCGAAUGCGUCGCAUGCACCUUACAGUGGGUCCCCUUCAGGGGUGGCUCUGGUGGAUUGCGGCGGGAAGGUUUAUAAGGGAUCUUACAUGGAAUCGGCGGCGUUUAACCCGAGCUUAGGGCCCGUACAGGCGGCAGUGGUGGCGUUUGUGGCGGGUGGCGGUGGUGGGUAUGAUGAGAUCGUGGGGGCAGUGCUGGUGGAGAAAGAGGGUGCUCCGGUGAGGCAGGAAGAGACGGCGAGGUUGUUGAUGCGUUCCAUUUCAGCCACGUGCAGCUUCCAAGCAUUGCUUUGCUGUUCCGAUUCCAAUUAUGUUUGACAAUUGGCAUGGGUUUCUGAUUCAGAUUGUGAUUAUUGUUGUUGGUUUCUGAUUGAUCAUGGUGCUCAUUCAUGGAUAUGAGUCCAUGAGUCAUGAAUGGAUGGUGUAUAAUCAUUACCAUUUCUUUUGUGGUUCAAAUUCUUGUUAUAUUAUUAUAAUGAAACAGUACUGAAAACUCUUUUUAUUA